AGCCCGCCCUGACUGGGAAUCCAACGGGGACCUCCUAGUUCCUAGGUCCACGCUCAACCACCAGGACACACAGGCCAGGGGUUCAUUCCUGUCAUGUGCCGUGACCGGGCUCGACCUGUCACCUUGGUGCAUAGGGAUGACGCUCUAACCGACUGAGCAAUCCGGCCAUGGCUUUUAGGGAAAACUUUAAAACCAGAAGUCGCUUCGCUCCCCUAGCCUAUUUGCAGCCUUGCUGUAUACAAGACUUAGCUACAUUCCCAAACGCGCACUGUCUGGGCAGCUCACGUCCCAACUGUGGGCUUAGCCCUGCGGCUAAAGGCGGAAAAUGCACUCCUUUCUUGUGACACGGUUUGCAAAAAGAAACAAAUCUUUUCUGACAUAUUCACCGCUUCCCACUCUAGCCGGUCAGGUCUGGAACAAUCCCGUCCCCUGGGUUAAGAAGACAUUGCGCAUUUCCGUGUAGAGGCGGGGGCGAAGAAGACCGGAAGGAAACCGCUUCCUUUUUUGCGCAAGCGCACGAAGGCUUCCUCCAUUGGUCACCUCGACUCGGAAGUAGAUGGCUUCCUCUGCGCAUGCGCCCAGCGCCCGGCCGGCUGUUUUAGCGAUGGACGCGGUGGUGAUGACCCGUUUGUAUCUGCAGAAUGCAGUCGGCAGGCCGGGCCUCGAAUAACGGCGAUUACGCAGGUUUUCUCUUAUCUUCUGAACUCUGUCUAAAGCGGUGAUGCAUUCAUGCUAAAGUACCUAAACUCUGCCAGACUGUGAGGGUUCUCAGUGUUCUCAAACCUGUCGAACUGGGGGAGGGGCCGUGAAAAAUAGUUUGUAGAGAGAUUUCCCUGCGCCCUGCCCCGCCCCGCUUUGGACGCCUGAGUACGUUCACAAAAUACCCAACAUUAAUACCUUACUUGCUGACUGCGCAUGGGACUUUUAAAUAAUAUUUCUCAAGUAUUUGUUUACAGAAGGAAGCGAGGAGAAACUGAAGCGGUGCAAGCCAGGUGUAUAUGAAAAUCAAAAUACUGGGCUGCCUGGUUCAGGGCCGGACGCUGAGCCAACCUAGUGACUUGGAGCUUCGAAGCCAUGGCAACAAAGGAAUCAGAUGCCAAAGCAGAGUCAGCCCUCACCUCAUCAGCCAAUCAGAGCAAACAAGCGUAUGAAAAACCAAACUAUGCUCUCAGAUGUACUCUUGUGGGACAUAUGGAAGCAGUAUCAUCAGUUAAGUUUAGUCCUAAUGGAGAGUGGCUAGCAAGUUCUUCUGCUGACAAAGUAAUUAUAAUUUGGGGAGCCUAUGAUGGAAAAAAGGAGAAAAUUCUUCAUGGUCACAGUCUGGAAAUAUCAGAUGUUGACUGGUCAUCAGAUUCCAGUCAUCUUGUUUCUGCCUCAGAUGAUAAAACUCUCAAGAUUUGGGAUGUGAGAUCAGGAAAAUGUUUGAAAACACUGAAGGGGCACAGUAAUUAUGUGUUUUGCUGUAAUUUUAAUCCACCAUCCAACCUCAUAAUUUCAGGAUCUUUUGAUGAGAGUGUGAAAAUAUGGGAGGUGAAAACAGGCAAGUGCCUCAAGACUUUGUCUGCUCAUUCUGACCCAGUUUCUGCUGUUCAUUUUAGUUGUAAUGGGUCCUUGAUAGCAUCAGGUAGUUACGAUGGCAUCUGUAGAAUCUGGGAUGCUGCAUCAGGUCAGUGUUUAAAAACACUUGUUGAUGAUGAUAACCCUCCCAUCUCUUUUGUAAAAUUUUCUCCAAAUGGUAAAUAUAUUCUCAUUGCAACUUUGGAUAAUACUCUUAAACUAUGGGAUUAUAGCAGAGGCAGAUGCCUGAAGACAUACACUGGUCAUAAAAAUGAGAAAUACUGCAUAUUUGCCAAUUUUUCAGUUACUGGUGGGAAGUGGAUUGUGUCUGGUUCAGAGGAUAACCUAGUUUACAUUUGGAACCUUCAGACUAAAGAGAUUGUACAGAAAUUACAAGGUCACACAGAUGUCGUCAUCUCAGCAGCUUGUCAUCCUACAGAAAACAUCAUUGCAUCAGCAGCGUUAGGAAAUGACAAAACAAUUAAACUGUGGAUAAGUAACUACUAAACCCUUUAGAAAUCAAAUAGUAGAGCCAAGUUGGCAAAAAGUUGUAUAUUUUAAAAGAUGAUUUCUCUUAA